CACAGUUUGAUAAUUUUAACAGCGCAGUUGAAUACAUGUUGUAUGCACAAUCAAAUGUUUGAAAGUUAAUUUCCAACUUUCACCGACAAAGGAUGAUAGCAUGGCAAACAACUUCAUAUUAAAAGGAUUUUUACUUUUACAACUUGUUCAGGCAAUAAAUGCGGAUGGUCACGUAAAUAUCCAAGUACAAAUUUUACAAUAUGACAAUCCACUGGGGACAUCAUUCCAUGGUAUGGACAUACAUUCACAAAGGAAAUGUUGUGAUAGAGGGACUAUCCCUACAUGUAGCACAACUGAUACUUGUGACUCACUCUUUGUGUUUUGCAUUGGCGGUAUCAGAAGUGGAAAAUGCAUAGGUCCAAGUAUAACAACAAGUGUUCUCAACAACAAAGCCUCGUUCGGGACUUCCUUUGACAACACUGUUAUACAUUUUAUAACAUGGGAUCAUUGGCAAUCGAGCUCUCUAGAAUAUGUUGCAAAUGUGAUGGAUAAAGAUGGCCACAAUAACGAGCUUGUUGAUACUUUUACAUCAACUAUUGCUUUACGUGCUGAUACCAACUAUGAAAGUUCAUUUCCCCAAGUGUUGUCAUUUAAAAGAUAUGUCAGUCUAGACAUUGGUAUACGAAUAUGGUGUCAAGACGGGUACUAUGGUCCUGACUGUAGCAGUCAAUGUACUCAACAAUAUAGUAUUUGUACAAAGAAUAACGGCCAUACUUUACUACAGUCUUGUAGCAGAAAUGACGUAUCAACAUUUAAACUUACUCCUGGAUCUUAUGGACCUGAGAAUUUUACUCCUCCGUACAUACGACAGCUUUUAUCACAAUUUUUUCUCCAUGAAAUCUGUUCAGAUGCACACGAGGUGAAUGUUGAAAUUUUACGUUUUAAUAUGGAAGGGACAUUAGAAUUUAAAGCAGAGUGUGAUAACAAAACUGUAAGCAGCUUACUGUUCAAUACACAUAUCUAUCUGCUGAGCCUAAUAAAUAAAACAGCUUUGAGAAGAUAUUUUCCGAACUUUCCUUUACUUGUUCCAACAGUUCAUCAACAACUAGCAAGAGGGGCGAUGAUACUUGUUAUGUUGAGACCGAUACAUUAUCAUGAUCCCUCAACGUCAUGUGGACACAAUGGCUGCAAUGUACAUAUACAAAUUUGCUUGAAAGCACAGUCUAAUGGCACUUGUCAAGAAACAGUUUCGAUGCAAUCGAGGUUAAUAACAACAAAUCUUACAAUAUGUGAUGGAGUUCUUGUUGACUCGAUGCCGACAAACCAAGGAUACAAUUUGCUAGGUGUUACAUCAUGGCCGGUUUUCCAAGUGACAGUACAAUACAGUGCACACAACAUUAAAUUUGAAAAUCAACAACACCUGCCGGCAACAUAUAAAGCAGCAGCCCUCUAUAACAAAGCAAAACCACUUCAAAUGACGUUCACGUCCGGUGACAAAACUUUAGUUCUAGAAGCAAUGAUUUGGUGUGACACUCAUCAUUCUGGCAAUCAUUGUCAACAUAGUUGUAUUGCAACAGGAAAUAAAAUAUGUGACGAGAAUGGACACUUGGUUUGCAAGACAGGUUACCAUGGAAAUACCUGCAUUGAUAUAAAUGAAUGUCAGGGUUUAAAUCCUUGCAAAAAUGGCGGGACAUGUCAUAAUACCCAAGGAUCAUUCACUUGUCAAUGUCUCAAAAGCUGGACUGGACGUUUAUGUGACGUUGAUGUUGAUGAAUGUUCUUUACAACUUUGUACAAAUGCCACAACUUGUAUGAACACUCCUGGAUUAUUUCACUGCCUAUGUGAACAUGGAUUUCGUGGACGUUAUUGCAUAGAUACUGACGAAUGUAAACUCCCAAUAAAGCUUUGUCAACACAACAGCACAUGUUUGAACACAUAUGGUUCCUAUUCAUGCAUAUGCUCUGUAGGUUAUUUAGGAAACAGAUGUGAGCAAUGCCAA